CGAAAUCAUGUGUCUUUCUUUUCACUUGUUUGCGGUAGCGGAGAGUUUCAAUAUGGCCGAUACGGUCUAGAAAAAUUUUGUCCAUAGAAAAAGAAGGUAUUUUAUGAUUGAUAAAGUGAUCUUUCCGGUGGAAGACAUGCCAACUGGUCUGUAAUAUGAGCAAACUGUUGUUAUUUGACAACUUUUGAGAUCUGUCCGAGAUAUUGUUCCAACAACAGUUGACCCACAGUUGUGUGAAUGACCAAGCUAGGAGCUAUGAAACAUGGACAUGGACAUGGACACCAAUGUGGGUGUGGCAAGCAGAGACUUCCCACUGCAGUACCUCACUCAAUCCCCAGGAGGAGUGGUUUUGCAUUUAUCCAGGUGGUGAGCAGGUUUGCCAUCGAUGUGUUGGUGAGGUGCUGGGCGCUGUGCAGCACGGGACUGCUGGCAGUGCUGCUCUUCUAUUGGCUGUACGGAGGAUGGGUGGCCUCCAUCGUGGUCUGGAUCUCCAUAUUUGGAAUCUUCUACAACUACCAAGACUACCUCCUGUACUACCCUGAGGUGCCCAAAUCCUCGCGACUGCUGGUUCAGUCUCCCCAGGGGUGGAACGUACCCUUUGAGAGCCUCUUCAUAAAGGCCAGGGAUGGGACCAGGCUGCAUGCACUAUUACUCAAACAGCCAGAGGGCCUCGCUGCAACCGCACCCACUGUGCUGUUCCUCCAUGGAAAUGCCGGGAAUAUUGGACAUAGGUUAGUGAAUGCAGUGGCCUUGUAUGCAGCAGUAUCAGUUAAUGUUUUACUGCUGGAGUACAGAGGGUAUGGCAAGAGUGAUGGCUCACCUUCAGAAACAGGUUUAUAUUUAGAUGCAGAGGCAGCUGUGGACUUCCUUUACAGUAGAGCGGACAUAAACCAGAGAAAAAUCGUGGUCUUCGGCCGCUCUCUCGGAGGCGCCGUGGGAGUCCACCUAGCGACCCAUUCCGUCUUCAGGGAGAGAAUAUUCGCCGUCAUACUAGAGAACACCUUUACCAGCAUACCACACAUGGCCACUAUUAUAUUUUCUAUGAAGAGGAUAUUGAAAUGGGUUCCAGUAUGGAUGUAUAAAAAUCAGUUUCUUUCUAUCAAGAAGAUUGGACAGUGUAGCCGACCGACUCUGUUUGUCUCAGGGCUCGCAGAUCAGCUCAUCCCUCCAUACAUGAUGCAGCUUAUGUUCCAGGAGUCAGGGUCAGUGUACAAGAGGAUGUGUACCUUCCCUACAGGAACACACAAUGAGACCUGGCAGUGUGAUGGGUACUGUGAUGUCAUCAGGAGAUUCCUACAGGAGGUGUCCCAGGCCCAUGGAUUAGAAGACACAGAUGGAAUAGUUCAUGACCAUACAAUUUUAGAUAUAUAAAAAGGUCUAACAAUUUUCAGUAAAGUACAGAGACAUGCUCUUAAGGUAUCUCGGUUGGCUAAAUUGGCAUUUUGACCUUCCAUUGUUUUCUCAUUAAUGAAUUCAGAAAGAAUUGAGCCGUAACGAAUAUUGAUAAAUAGGCAUUAAAAAAAUCU